AAGAGAAGAAACCCUAGUUCACUCGCGUACCACACACAGCAACACGGUUUGAAACGACAGCGUUUAAGUGAAAAACGCAUGUUUAUAAAAGCCCUAGAAACCCUUAACCAUCAGCUUCCUCUGUCAUUUGCCGUCACCCGAACCCCAGAGAGAGAAAAACCCUAGGAGCAAAGAUGAAGUACAACCCGAGGGUCACCAGCUCCCGCCGCAAGAACAGGAAGGCUCAUUUCACAGCACCCUCCAGCGUGAGGCGUGUGCUUAUGAGCGCACCGCUCUCAUCCGAUCUCCGUUCCAAGUACAAUGUUAGGUCUAUGCCCGUCCGCAAAGACGACGAGGUUCAGGUCGUCCGUGGUACCUACAAGGGUCGCGAGGGAAAGGUCGUUCAGGUGUAUCGCCGGAAAUGGGUCAUCCACAUCGAGCGCAUCACAAGGGAGAAGGUCAAUGGCUCCACCGUGAACGUUGGUAUCAACCCAUCUAAGGUUGUUAUCACCAAGCUUAGACUUGAUAAGGACAGGAAGUCACUUCUCGAUCGCAAGGCUAAGGGUCGUGCCGCCGCGGACAAGGACAAGGGUACCAAGUUCACCGCCGAGGAUAUCAUGCAGAACGUCGAUUAAAUGGGGAGUAAUAGCUUUUUUUUGUUAUCCGUUUUUGGUUUAAGAAUCUUAUAAUUUUUAGAUCUAUCUUCUCUGUUUUGGGUUACUGUUGUUUUAAAUUAUUAUUAGGUUUCGACGUUUUGUUUGAGAUACUAUUGAGACAAAUGGAAAGAUUUUAUUUCAAUUUUAAAUCAUGGUUUCUUA